AAAACGCACACAAACCCUACAAAACCCUAGUUCGGCUCCGCUGCGAAAACACUAGCCAUUAGGUUUCGCGCCCCACACCCUCCGCUGAGCUCAGAGACCUUUUGUUCGGUAAUGGCUCCAAAACAGCCAAGUACUGGCCUCUUUGUGGGGUUAAACAAAGGCCAUGUUGUCACCAAGAAAGAAUUGGCUCCACGUCCCUCUGAUCGUAAAGGAAAAACUAGUAAAAGAGUUCACUUUGUGAGGAAUUUGAUAAGGGAAGUUGCUGGGUUUGCACCAUAUGAGAAGAGGAUCACUGAGCUUCUCAAGGUUGGAAAGGACAAGCGUGCGCUCAAAGUUGCUAAAAGAAAGCUUGGCACCCACAAGAGGGCAAAGAAGAAGCGUGAGGAAAUGUCUAAUGUUCUCCGCAAGAUGAGGUCUGGUGGAGCUGGAGAAAAGAAGAAGUGAUGAUUGCAUUGCCACAUUCUCGACUAAAACCCUUACUGUUAGAGUUGUACUUUUAAUCUUUCUUUUUUAUAUUUCUGUUUUGAAUGAGAUUGUGAGAACGCGAAGCACUUUAAGCACAUUUAUUGUUAUGUUUUUCCAGAAUUCAACUUUGGCUUACCCUUUGGUAGGAGGGCACAGUGACCUUUCAGUACUGUUGUUUUACAUUUAGGCUCUGUUUGCUUUGAUGGAAUUUUUUUUCUUCAGAAAAAGCUCUCUCUAUUUUCCA